AUGUCGGAGCACGGUUUAUCCAAUCCAGCGACCCCACGACACAGACCUGGGGAAAUCAGUCCUCCUCUGGCCCCUCGGCAGGAGACUCCGCAGCUUCAGUCCCGACACCUGCGGACCGUAAUCCCGUUAUCCGAGAGUGAUUUGGUUGUUUGUUUGGUGAGCUUACAGAACGAGAGCUGCUCAGGUCAUUUCUCAUCCAACAACCCACUGUUUCCAAGCCGCGCAGCCAAACCGUUCGACCAAUCAGAGCGGCACGCCAGCCAAACUGCAUCAGAGAGACCCGGAGAGGGGUUUGGAGCCAGCGCUGAGGUUUCGGGGUUGACAGCACACUUCUGGAAUAAAUUACGGCGAUGUAUGAGGGCCAUUUUGGUCGCGGCGGGGCGGAAAGCAUCUCCGGCGGACCCCAUCACGGCGCUGCAGCUGUUCCCCUCCGCCAAGCCCUAUCAGCCCGGUCCAUCAGAAGAACAGGGCAUCAAUUAUACAUGGCGUGUGUCGGUGUGA